AAGACGUGGAGAAAGCAGAAGAAGUGGAGAAAGUGUCAGAAGACCAGAGCUCACCUGUCAUAGAAGAACCUCCUGUAAAAGCAAAGAAAGCCAAAAAGAAGGAGCUUUCAAAAGCGGAGAAGAAAUUGGCAAACAGGGAGAGUGCUUUGGAGCAGGCAGAUGAAGAGGAGGAGCAAAAACUGCUACAAAACAAAACCAAGCAAAAAAAAAAAGCUUUUCCUGCCGUCACCGAAAGUGGUGUUAAGUCAGAUACAAAACAACAAAGGGAAAAAAAGGCAGUUGAUGAACUGGUAAACAGAAGAACCGUGUUUGUUGGAAACUUGCCUGUCGACUGUACUGCUCAGGUGCUGAAAUCUCGUUUUAAAGAGUAUGGACAAAUAAAAUCCAUUCGAUUCCGCUCUUUGGUUCCAGCAGAAGAUACUUUAUCCAAAAAGUUGGCAGCAAUAAAGCAUAAGGUGCACCCUAAUGCAAAGUUCGUUAAUGCUUACAUUGUAUAUAAGGAAGAAUGCGAUGCCAUUAAGGCUCUGAAGGAAAAUGGAACAGAAAUUGCUAGUGGAUUUCACAUCAGAGUUGACAUUGCAUCAAAAAGCAAUUCGCAUGACAAUAAGCGAUCUAUAUUUGUGGGAAAUCUCUCAUAUGACAUCAGUGAUGAUGCCGUGCGAGAGCACUUCUCUGCCUGCGGAAGUGUCGUGGCGGUGCGGAUUGUGAGGGACAGAAACACCGGCCUGGGGAAGGGCUUCGGCUACGUUCUCUUUGAGGACACGGAUGCUGUGCAUCUUGCUCAGAGGCUCAACGGGACCGACCUCAUGGGCAGAAAGGUCCGGGUGCAGCGCUGUGGAGAGAAGGGGAAAGUGCCACGGAGAGCUCCAGGCCAGCCCCGCGCUCCGAAGGGCGGCACUGGCGCCACCUCAGCGGCCAAGCACCGCGCCGACGAUUCGUUUGUGGGGGAGACGGCCACGCCGCCCAGGAGGAGGGCUAAGCCAAAGAGACUGAGGACUGCCCCUGGAA